ACGAUAAUAACAACAUUACGCUUAAAAGAUCCUGUCCAGUGUUUCAUUAACUUCUGUACGUACCCAAAAGAGUGCAAUGGUAAGAACUCGCAUGAUAUCGAAAAAUUGUCCCAGCUGCGAUCAACAGAUAGCGAUUGCCUCCAAACGGUGCUCUUGUGGGUACGCUUUCAACGGAGGUCGCCAGGCCAACGCAGCAUAUAUUCCCCCGGCUUCCGUUGGCCGACCGAAAUCGAGCAAAAAAGGAAAAUCAUCCGGUGGUGAGUCGCGCAAAGCAGCAGCUGCUGCUGCACAGGCAGCAUCCGCCCAGGUUCAGCGACGUCGAACCGGGCGGGUUCGUCGGGAGAAACCGAACUAUUACGAUUCGCUACAGUACGAAAAGAAGAAAAAGAAAUCCAAGAAACCGACGAGAUCUUCUUUAUUCAAGGGCAAAGAGGGAAAACAGGCACAGCUGAUAGGAAUAUCUUCCAAAGAAACGCAAGUUUCGCGAGCCAACAGACAUGCUCAGCGAAGAGCGAAAAAGGAGGAAAUUGAUGGUGGUGGGGACCUUUGUGCCAAGCUUUCAUUGGAAAAGCAAGAAAUAGCUCUACUCAUAUUAUCCGAGAUAAACCGAAAGAUUGGUUCGGUCGUGUGGAAACAGCCUUGAAACAACUUUGCAUGAUUGAUGAAACCAAACUUCGUUGAACGUGGCUUGCUAAUUAUCAGUGUACGUUAAGAUAAAGGUCCUGUAUGAAAAUACCAAAUGGAUAAAAACAAUAAACUGGCACAGUAUGUGAAUAAAAUU